AUGCUGUCCCUCACUCUCUGUCUGCGUGCCAACCGUGUCGAGGGGUGGACUUUUGGAUCGUAUGGACGCGCUGAUGGGCUUCGUCUGUCUAGCGCGAGCAUCUGCCACUACUACUACUACUACUACUACUACUACUACUACUACUACUACUACUACUACUACUACUACUACUACUACUACUACUACUACUACUACUACUACUACUACUACUACUACUACUACUACUACUACUAUGCCGCCGCUCUUUCUCUUCAUAGACGUCUUCGAGGUUGA